AUGAAGCGUUUAUCGUGUUUCUCGUUUGUUGUAAUAAGUUUGUUUGGUUCCGCCCUUUUCUCAGUUCUAACAGACGGCAAUAUAAAGAACUCAACAGACUUAGACUUCGGUUCACUUGAUACUAAACACGUUGACGUACUUCGACAGCUUCUAAAUCAAGAGACACUGAUCCGAAUGACAUUAGUGAAAAAUGUCCACGCACUGAUGAAAGACAUGGUCUCCCUUCAACAAAGUCUUGUCUCUUCAGAAAGCGAGAUGUCUUCACUUAAAGACACAACCACCAGAGAAAUAACCGAGUUGAAGAAAGAGGUGCGAUCGCUUAAGCUGGAAAAAAAUCGAUUAAGCAGCAAAGUAACCAGAUAUAAUGAGAAUAUUGAGUCUUUAAAAGAAAAUUUAACAGUAGUGGACGCCAGUCGCCGGGUGUUCGAAACGCAGCUACUACAGGAAAAAGAAAUGUUUGAACAGAACACGUCCGGUAUCUUCAGACAUUAA